GCUUGGGUAACUCUUCUCAUUCGGAAUGAAGCUCCUUUCAGCCGCACUGGUCCUGCUCAUGUCCUCGGCCUUGGCCACGGCACAGAAGAAUGUGAACACGAAUGAAAACAACAUCGUGAUUGGAAAAGUUUGAAAUAAAUACAUAUGUAAUUAAACUGAA